CACCGGCGUCAGCACUACUACCCUUUCAUCCUUGCACAGUGAAGCACCUUGGCGGGUAAACCGCAAAAUUAAUAUAUUGCGGCGUAUGUAGGUUGUUUGCGCGACUGUGCCACCCAUCUAUUCUAUCUCUCGGCUCGGACGGGCGUAUUUGAGCAUCCCCUCCUCGAUUUGGACUCCAACUACACCGCACCACUCGUCCCCAAUAAUUCUCCGCGGGGGAUUAAAACUCAUACCACAUUAGACAUGGCUACGCAAAACGCGCCCCCAGUGAAAGAAGGCCGCAUUCCCUUCGCCGCCCCCAACACAGACAAACCAGCAGAAACAUGGUACAAAAUCGUCGGCGACCUCUCCUCCUCCUCUUCCACUACCCCACCACCACUCAUCGCCCUCCACGGCGGGCCCGGCGCCACCCACGCCUACCUCUCCCCGCUCACAGACCUGCACGCCCAGCACGGCAUACCCAUCAUCUUCUACGACCAGAUCGGCUGCGGCGCCUCCACGCACUUCCGCGAAAAGAUGGGCGAUGCGGGCUUCUGGACCGUCGCGUUGUUCAUCGCCGAGCUGGACAACCUGAUCGACCACCUCGACCUGCGCGACCGCGGCUUCUUUAUCCUAGGCAGCAGCUGGGGCGGCCUGCUCGCGGGGGCGUAUGCGACGACGCGGCCACGCGGGCUGAGGAGGGUCGUUAUCGCGAGCGGGCCUGCGGAUAUUGGACUUUAUGCGCAGGCGGCGAGGGCGUUGCUAGGGGGGCUGCCGGAGGAUGUGCGCGCGGUGAUUGAGGAGUGUGAAAGGGAGGGCGAUUUUGAGAGCGAGAGGUAUCAGUGGGCGAGUGGGGUGUGGAUGAGGAGACAUGUGCUGAGGCUGGAGGAGUGGCCCGCGGAUGUGGAGAGGACGAUGGGGGCGUUGAGGGAGGAUCCGACGGCGUAUUUGACGAUGCAAGGCCCCUCCGAGUUCCACAUCACUGGCUCGCUGAAGGACUGGGAGGGCUGGUCCCAAGCGCAUCUCAUCGAAGUGCCGACGCUGCUCACGAACGGGCGCUACGACGAGGUGCAGGAUGUGUGCAUGAAGCCGUGGUUCGACAAGAUUCCCAGGGUCAGAUGGGUGACGUACGGGGAUUCGAGCCAUAUGCCGCAUUGGGAGGAGCGCGAGAGGUAUAUGGAGGUUGUUGGGGAGUUUCUUACGGGGUGAUGAUGGGGCAAUGGGAGGGAGGAAGGGUGAGAGUGAGUGAAGCAUGUCGGGCGGGGGAGGAAGUGUGUGUUGGCUGGCGAAGUGGCUAAUCGAGGGUGGAGAAUGGAUCCGGGCGGAUAGGGGUAGUGUAAUGUGCAGUGAUUUGCGCGGGGGCUGCAGGCUCCGCGAGCACAUCUCAGUAUGGGGAUGGUAAAGGGAAGCAUGAGCGUAGUCCGACACUGAAACCGCAAAC